CGACCAUCGGACGCCAUCACCACAACACCAACAUAGUCUGAGUCUGUCUGCAAGUCUGAUUUGCCCCAGUCUUAGCUCUUUAACCCAAGCACCAUCAAGUCUGAUUCCAAGGGACAAAGUUUAAGUCUAAAUUGAGAGUGAGGAGUGAUGUGCCGCCUCACAAGACUGAUCGGUCGACCAACAGCAAGAGAAAUCUUCAGGGAUCUCCUCUCUUAUGAUGAAUAACAAACAGAAAAAGAUUAUUUAACUCAGAAGCCCAAGGAAUUACAUCAAAAGAAAAUUUUUGUAUACAAUAAAUGAUUGGAUUUGAAUGCAGAACUGGAAUGCCUUCAUUCUCUGAAGAUUGUAAAAUGUUAAACAAGUUUGACGUUUCAUCUUUCUGUUAAGCACUGUAUUCUAACACUCGAAGGCUUCGUUCAUAAAAUAUUGGAGCAACAAUAUUAGAAUAAACUCUUGUACGAACUUAUACCUCAUACUUUAUGCAUUAAAUAAUGUGUAAAGAUAUGCAGACAUGAAAGCGGUAUUUACUGUCACAUUGUCUCGUAACAUUUCUCUGAACUCAAAGAAUUAAUCCACUAGAAGCAAUGUUUUAUUUAAUAGUAAAUUUAAGAAUGGCAUGACAGUAAAAUGCCUAUAACGAGGACUGGAAGUAAGAACCUUUUGAGGAUGAGUGUAGAGAACAGUGUUGUUGAUUCACAUAGUAAUAAAGAAACCUGUGAAGAAAGUAGUAAUAAUACUGUUAGUGGUGCAAGUAGUAAAGACAGUGCUAAGAGUUUAGAAAAUUAUAAAGACUGUGUAACAUUGUCAAAAAGUAGUAAAGACUGUGCAAAGAAAUCAGAAAGUAGUAAAGACAAUGCUAAGGGCACAGAAAGUAGUAAAGACUGUGUAAAGGAAUCUGAAAGUAGUAAAGACAAUGCUAAGGGCACAGAAAGUAGUAAAGACUGUGUAAAGGAAUCUGAAAGUAGUAAAGACAAUGCUAAGGGCACAGAAAGAAGUAUAGACUGUGCAAAGGAAUCUGAAAGUAGUAAAGACAAUGCUAAGGGCACAGAAAGAAGUAAAGACUGUGCAAAGGAAUCUGAAAGUAGUAAAGACUGUGUAAAGGAAUCAGAAAGUAGUAAAGACAAUGCUAAGGGCACAGAAAGUGCUAAAGACUUUGCAAAGGAAUCUGAAAUUAGUAAAGACUGUGUAAAGGAAUCAGAAAGUAGUAAAGACUGUGCAAAGGAAUCUGAAAGUAGUAAAGACUGUGCAAAUGAAUUAGAAAGUAGUAAAGACAAUGCUAAGGGCACAGAAAGUAGUAAAGACUGUGCAAAGAAAUCUGAAAGUAGUAAAGACAAUGCUAAGGGCACAGAAAGUAGUAAAGACUGUGCAAAGGAAUCUGAAAGUAGUAAAGACAAUGCUAAAGGUAUAAAGAGUAGUAGAGACUGUGCAAAUGGACCAGAAAGUCUUAAAGAUGAUGCUAAAGGUACAGAAAGCAGCGAAGGCUGUCGCAAGGAGUCAGAAAGUAUUAACCAGGGAUGCCAUAAGAAUCAUGAUGAGAAACCCGCAGAAGCAAAACAGAGUGAUGUUGCAGUCAUUGAAAACUAUGCUGGGGGGUCAGAAAGUGACCAGAGGUGCUAUGAGAAGAGACCAGCAGAAGCAACACUCAUCAAUGACUGUAUCGAAGAUGUAUCAGAGGAGGAAACUGAGCUGGAUUUACUCAAUAUGGAGGAUUUUGAAGUGGUAGAUGCUUUUGAGGUUGAAGAGGAUCCAUCUGAACUGUGCCAUGGGAGUCCACUACCAACCUCUGGUGCUGAAAAACACACCAGGAACACACAAGUUACACACACAAGUACUGCAACAACAGAUAAAAGCAACAGGAGCAGAGAGAUUGGGGAUAAGCGAAGCAGAGUCCAUAGCUCUAAAGAUUCUUCAGAAUUACGUAAUGAGCGAAAGAGUAGUGAGUCCUCCAGAAGACAUAAGAGAGAUGAUUCAAGAGGCUCGGGAAAUUCUCGUGGGAGAUUCGAUACUCGUCAUGACCAGAGGAAAAAUCGUUCGGACAGACCAGUUGAUAAGCAUCAUUCUGUAAGGUCAUCUAAUCACAGAUCCAAUAGAAAGCGAGAUUACUGUAAAUCAAAAGACAGGAACAGUGACAGUAAGAGAGUCUGUGUCAGAGAGGAGAAAAAUUAUCGUGAAAAAGAAAGUUCUCAGAAGUUAAGAAAUAAACAGACAAACUCGCAACUAUCUAACAAACAGAAUGAAAUAAAUAUACGAAACAUAUCACAGAAUAAUGAUCAGAAAGUUAGUAUAAAUAAGAGAGAUGCAAGUGACCAUGGAAGAGAAGCAGCAAGUGCAAGUUGUGGUUCUAAGAAAGUUGAAAAAAAUGAAUUAGAAUCAAAGCUUGAUUGUCAUAAAGUCAAUGAAAGGUCAGACAGUAUUUUAGAUUUUCUACUAGAAAAAGACCUGGCUCAGGGAGAUAGCUCUAUUGAUAGAGAAUUAAGUCAAGUAAUUGAUGACAGAAAACAGAAAGAAGAAAAUUCUAAGCAGACAAAAAGCAAUGAGACCCUGAAGCAAGCUCUACGGACUAAUGAUGAAAUGGAGAGUUGCCAGAAAAAGUGUAUCGAGCUGAAUUCUAAUACUUUGGAAUCUAAAUUAGUUAGAAUUUCUGAAGGUUUAAAUAAAGAUCCUCAAUCUGAGUCAACCAUAAAGGAUUCUAAACUAGAAAAUCCCAGCUUUAAUCAGGCUGAAGAACAUUUCAAGCAGAAAUGCAGCAAUAUAGAGCAAACAAUUCAAACUUUUAAUCUGAAACUCCUGCAGGAAACAGCAUAUUCCAAUGAAAAUUCAAAUUCAAAACAGUCAGUUGAAUAUUUUAAACAUAAAGACAAAUCUGUAAAGAGUGCUGUAGGUUUGGAAAAAGAGGAUGGCAAGUCCAAGCGGACAUGUGACGAGUCCAAGCAGACAAGAGAAGAGUCCAAGGAGAGGAGUGAUGAAUCUAAGCGGAAGAGUGAUCAGUCCAAGCGGAGAAGUGAUCAAUCCAGGUGGAGGAGUGACGAGUCCAAGCACAGAAGUGACGAGUCCAGGCAGAGGAGUGGCGAGUCCAAGCGGAGAAGUGACGAGUCCAAGAGGAAGAGUGACAAGUCCAAGGGGACGAGUGAUGAAUCCAAGGGGACGAGUGGCAAGCCCAAGGAGACGAGUGGCGAGCCCAAGGGGACGAGUGGCGAGCCCAAGGGGACGAGUGGCGAGCCCAAGGGGACGAGUGGCGAGCCCAAGGGGACGAGUGGCGAGCCCAAGGGGACGAGUGGCGAGCCCAAGGGGACGAGUGGCGAGCCCAAGGGGACGAAUGGCAAGACCCAGCAGGAAAGCCUUGAUCACAACCAGGAGGAUGCUAAAUAUAAAACAGAUGUUGACUCUGAACGAAACUGUUUCAAAAUUAAACAGAAAAUUGAGGCUAAUAAAGAUGACUGUCAUAGCGGUAGGAAUGGAGCUUCAGAUUCCAAGCAGAAGGAGUCUAGGUUUAAAUCUGAAAUGGCAACAGCUAAAAUAGAAAUGUCUAAAUCUGAACUUAAAACUCAUGACUCUGAAGACAAAGAUGAAACAUUAAUGAUGGACAGUGAGGGUUCUAAACAGGAAGACCUUCUUUUGAUAAAGGCAAAGGAAACCAAGAAGUCUGAGGGAGUUAAACAAGAUGUUAGGAUAUCUCAGAUCAAUGAUAAGUGUUGUAGAUGGGAUAUUUCUAUAGAGUCGAAACGAAGUGACAACAGAUCCCGGAAUACUGCUAAGGGUUCUAGAUGGGAUAAAACUACAAAGUCUGAACAAGAAGAAAAAAAAUCUCAGAAUGUUGGUAAAGGUUCUAGGUUGGAUAAUUCUAAGGAAUCUAAACAAAAAGAUGGCAAAUAUCAUAACAAUUCUAAUAACACUAAACAAGAGGAUAGCAAGUCGAAACAGCAAAUUAACUCCUCUAAGCCAGGAAGGGACACUAAGUCCAAACAAGAAAUUAAAGAUACUAAGAAGAAUUCACCAACUUUGCAGAAUGAUCCCUGUGACAUGGAAGGGAUGAUAGACAAAUACUUAGAGUCUAUAAGGAAAGAAUAUGCAACAACAACAAAGGAACAUGUACCUGAUAAUGAUGAAGUAUGUAAGAAGGUAAUUGGUAAGCGACACAAGUACAGGUUUAGCAAGGUGGUUAUAAUUGGAGAUUCUCGCAUCAAGCACUUGGAAGAUGUUGGGAUAAAGAGAACAUUUGGCCCUCUGGAGAUCAAGUGUGUGCCAGACUUGACCUUUGAUAAUCUGGAGGAAGCUGUGAAGCAUAAUGUUGAUAAAAGCAAUUGCCCUCAAGGAAUCUUGCUCAUCUGUAGUGUUGGCAUCUAUGAUGUGAUUGAGUUAAAUAACAAUUUAUCCUGCAAGGAAAUGCUUGACCAUGAACCAAUGGAACAAAUCUACUCUCGAAACUAUUAUAAAGCCUCAUAUAUUUCGAAUUAUGUGGUGAAAAUGACUAAAAGAUUAAAAGGAUUAUUGGGAGAUAGUUCAAGAGUCUACUUUACAAGUAUUCUUCCAGUACAUAUAAAUAAAUUUAAUGAGUGCCAAGCAAAAGCUCAUGAGAAAGCUACUGGACACAUCCCAGAUUUUCCACCUUUCAUAAAAAAGCAUUAUGAUAAUGUAGAAAAGAAUAUUAAUAAGGACCUGAAUAAAUUUAACGCCUCAGUCAUAAAAUUAAGUUUGAGAGGAGAUGGGAAAAUAAUUCCUUGGAAUAUUUUACCUUCUAAUUCAAGCAGAUGUCUGGAGGAUGGUAUAAACCCAUCAAGAGAUGCAGUAGAAAAGUAUAUGGUUCCAAUGUUAAAGUGUACCAUAAAGCAGUACCAUAUAAACAGGUACCAGGAAUUUGUUAUUAUUGGCGAUUCUAGAUUACAAAAAGUACAAAGACUGUGGUUCAAUAAUUAUGAAUGGAAAAUUUCUAUAUUUACACAGGGCAAGUUGUCCUUCCGAGCUUUGACUGAGGACAACCCCAUUGUGAAGGAAAUUUCAGGCAAGAAGGAUGCACUUAUAGUUCUUAGUUUAGGCAUGUAUGAUAUUAUAAACUUUGUUGCAGAAGAUGGGUGUGACUCCCAUAAGAUGAAAUUGGAAUUACCCUCAUUAUGUUUUGAGAACUUGGACUCAAGUGAUAAACUCUGGAAUGACUUUGUUAACUCACUGAAGAGCGUUGACGAACUUCUCCGUAAAGUAACGACUAACUGUGAUGUAAUAAUCACAACCAUUUAUCCAUUUGAUUUUCUGACCUUACAGAACUACUUGGUCAAGAGACACGCUGAAGAAACCGGACACAUUGUAACAAUUCCUUCACAAUCCAUGGAAAUAAAGGAAAAAUUAAACAGGAUUGGGCAGUUUAUAUUAGGAAUUAACAGGAUUGCAUUUACACUUGCUGAAGUGAAACAGUUGCCUGUCUGGGACUUUAACAGUUUAGUGUUUGGUAUUCACCUGCCAAAAGAUAAUGUUCCUUUGAUUGAUGGUUUCAAUCCAACUUCAGUUGUAGCAAGGAGGAUAGCUGAAGCUUGUGUGAAGUUUGCUAAGACUUCUCAGUAUGUCUGUUCUCCAAAGUUAAGUCUUGAUAAAACAGAGGACGAUGCUGACUUUGACAAGAUGCUUCAUGUGCGCCAGCCUCAUUUAUCAACUCUUUUAGAAAUCUAUAAUUUUGAUUUAUCUGUCCCACCACUUUUGAUUGAAAAGAAACGGAAAGGUAAAAGUGAUGAAAAAAACAGUUGUAAUGAUUACUACAGUUUUAUAAAACAAAAAGUACUUGUGAAAAUAUCUAGUGUUUUGAGAUUAAUACCAAAUGUUUAUAUGAGCAGGCCUUUGCCUAUUACAUUACUGCAAGAAAUGAAAAGAGAGAGCAGUAUAGACAACUGUGUAGCUGCCAGGGGGGAAACAUCAACAGCAAGUGCCAGUGAGAGUAGAGAGAGCACAUACAGAACUAAGAGUCGAGCCAAAUACUCCCGUCCUGAGUGUGCAUCUCCAUCUGCCUUGAGCUCAUCACCACAUAGACAUGUAAGUGAGAAAAUCAAGUUCAGAACUGAAAGACAACAUUGUUCUAUUAGAGCUGGCAGCUACAAUAAAAAUCGGCAUCUUGAUUCUGUCUCUCCAUCUUCCGUGCGUUUGUCAUCUCCAGAUUAUCAAAUAGGGAAAAAAACAAAAUUUAAAUGGGAUGAAGCAGACUCUGUUAUAAGGAAUAAAUUGGCAGGAAAUUACACAGUAAACUACACAGACAGUAGCUUUACUAUUUGCGAGGAUGAUACUCUAAAUAGAUUCAAAAGCAGUGAAUGGCUGGGUAGAAAUUAUAGUCCUAGCAGAAGCUGUAGUCCAGAGAGAAAGUAUAGUUCAGGGAGGGAAUCGAGCCCUUGGAAAUAUGGUAGUAAAUUCAGACGUAACAGUGGAGAUAUGUCUUACAGUGAAGAAGAAAGUUACUAUUAUAACCGAAAAAGUUAUAGUCCAGAAAGAAUUAGUAGGCGGGAGAGAUAUCACUCGCCUGUUAAACAGUAUCCUUUUGAUAGAGAUGAAACAUUCAGGCCAAAUCCAAGAAGAAGUUGCAGUCCAGUCCAACACUAUGCACAUAGCUCAAGUGAUCGGGUCAGCAGCGAGCGUUUGAGACAAGAUAGGCACCCCAGCCCAUGGAAGAGAGCGAUGCGCUCAUCUUCACUUUCUCCACAUUGGAAAAGAUCACGGCUGCGAUCACGAUCACAGUCAGGAUCACGAUCACAGUCACGGUCACGAUCACAGUCAUGGUCACGAUCACAGUCACGGUCACUGUCGCGCUCACGAUCCAUCUCGAGCUCUCGCUCGCAUUCAAGCAGAGGAAGAAGAACCAAAUAUGGUUCAAGCAGAGGAAGAAGAGAUGAGUCUGGUUCAAAGCAUUCAGUUAUUGUGCGUGCACUGCACUCUCUGCGUGAAGUUCACGACCGAGAGUGUGAUAUGUAUAGAAAAAACCCUAAAGCUCAUCCUAAUUACACUAAAGAGUAUCGAACAUUUGUUGACAAGAAGAGGGAGAGAAUUCUUUCACUCGGAGGUGAUCCAAACACAUAUGACAUGACAAGAGAAUGGGAAAUAUUUUGGCAGUCUCGUAUGGAAGCUAUAUUUAAUGAAUGUUGGACAGUCAAGAGAGACCAGUGUGUAUCAAUGCUGCCUAUUGAUAAAAGUUACUCCCGUUCCCCUUCUCCCUCUUCUAGUUGUUCUGUGUCUUCAGAUAGUUCAUCAGAUGCCAGCAAUUAUAAUUGUAGAAUCCUUCGUAGAAAGAGAGCUAAACACACUAGAUCAUUGAGUGCGCAUAGAAAGAAAAAAAUUAAGAAAAUUAGGAAGAAUAGAGAGAGAAGUAUUAGAAGUAGAGAUCCUUCCAGUCAUUAUGAAGACAAGGAAGUACUAGAUGAAAAGAAGAGGAAUGCCAAACAGAGAGACUUUACCAGGAAGGGAAGGAAAGAUGACCACUUCCAGAGUCCCAAAUGUUCAUCAAGUGAAACAUCUUGGGAUAAUGAUCUCGCUGGAGAGAAAGGAAGUAGUGGUGUUGCUAACCAAAAAUUAAAGAAUGUAAAGGAUACUAAGGAAAAGUUGGGUAUGGAAAAGAUGGAAGGAAUUAUUAAUGAACUUUUACAACAAGUUAUUGAACCCGUAAAUCCAAAUGAACAUGUUACAGCAACUUCAGAAAAGACAAGCUCUAAAUCUGAAGAUUUGCAGAAAACAUGGGAUGGGAGGUUGUCUCUGAAGGAAGGUCAGUUGAACCUCCUUGCACCCAGGAAUUUAACUGAAGAUGAAGUCUCUUCGACAACUCCUUCAGAAGGGUUUUCAGCUGAAGUAAUUAAAGUUUUAGAAUUAUUGAGUCAUUUAGGUGAAAGAUUGGGAGCAUUACAGAGCUCUGUGAAGUUACUACAUGAGAAGGCAUUAAAGCUGAAGUCAAAUGGUCUGGACACAAUGAAAAUUUUUGAUGAAAUAGAUAACAAAAUUCUUUUACAUAUGGCAGCAGAUAAAUUAAGAAAUGCACUUCAGGGUGACAAACUAAACCUCAUUCAGAAAAUCAUUACAAGUGAAACUGAGCAAAAACUAAGCCUUUUACUUGAAAAAGAAAAAGAUCGAUCUUUGCUCUAUGAUUUAAAUGUUGAUAGCAUAGCUAAUGCUUGUCUUGGAAAAAGUUCAGCUGAGACUACAACCUUUAUUGAAAAUGCUUUGAUGUAUCUUGGUCACACUGAAGUUCCUCAGGAUCAGUUAAUGAGAAUUCACAUGGCAGUUAAGACGGAACAAGCAAAGAUAUUUUCCCUUUCAAAGAAUGUGCCUCAAGGUAUAGAUUGUGUAGUUAGUAAACCAUUACAGAUACCUGUGCCACCAGGAAAGCCAAGUCAUCAUGAUGCAGUGCCAAUAUCACAACAAUACACCUCUGUUCCACCUCCCUCUUUAGGAUCUGCCACCUAUUCUCAGUCUCACAUAAGAAAUUUAUGUCUGCCUUAUCCUGUUGCUCCUGGACAAGAAGCUGUCCCAAAACCUGUUCAUACAAUAUCACAAGCUCCACCUCAACCUAUUGCUAGUACAUCACAAACUGCACCACACACUAUUGCUUCUACACUACAAAUGAUACCUCAGCCUGUUCCUCCACCUGUCAUUAUGCCAGGAAGUCACACUUUUGGCUCUUCAACUCACACUGCAAGAACUGUAGUCAGUGACAAAUUGUCAUUAACUGAUUUUCUUUCUUCAAUAUCAAGUUCCACUGUAAUGAACAGUGUAAAACCAUCUUAAGGUUUCUUAAUUAGGUAUUCCCAGUGUAGUUUUUUAUCAUCUAUUUUUCUUCUUUUGACAUUUUCCUCCAAUAUCUCAUGUUAAGCCUCUUUGUAUUAAUUUGAAACUAAAAUUUAAUACUGUAGUUGAGUUUGAGCCCCAAAAAGUUAGGUUGCUAUUAGCCCCUGGCAGCUAUUUUCUAUUUUGUUAUUUGAUAUUUUUAGCUUUUCAUUGUACUAACUUGAAACAUACCAUGUUUACUCAUCACCAUGAAAUUGAGUUUCCCUUCUGUGGGAACCCACGUCGGCUCCCUGAAGCUGUCUUACUGAUCAAGUGCCAAAUUACGUGAGUGUCAUCACUCAGAGUUCUUUGUAUGCCUAUCAUGGGACCAUGAGCCAGAACCUGGUCCCCUCAGAGAGGCACAGGGAGCAAUGGUCUAUGAACACUUUACAUGUAAAGUACAAUAUUGUCAUCUUGCCAUCAACCAGGGAAGGCACCCAGAAAGGUAGGCGAAUCAGAACAGAAUACUGCCUUGGUGAAAAGUGUGACCUACAUCCUCAAAAGUGCAAAAGAACUCUCUCAUAAAGCAAACAAACAAGCAAAGCUUUGUCCAACUAACCCCCUCCCCUCCCAUAAGCGCCCUCCCCCAUCCUGGGCGUGAGUAGGUCGGGUCACCCCGAGUCAGUUCUUUGAUACCGUGCCAAGUGGUCGCUGGUUGAUUUGGGGUCUUCUGUUACGGACUGCCAUCUCUUUUUUGGGCUGAGAUUUACCACCUUCCUGGUUAUUCCCUGUUUUCCUUCUCUGUGGGUUCUUCUCAUGUCCUCCUUCGGGGAGCUGACGGGGCUUCCCACAGAAAACCAGCGUUGAAUGUAAUGGAACGCCAGUUUCUAGGUGAGUCCCGGAGGCCCCCCCUGGCACCCUCCCUCCCUCCCUCUGGUCGGUGGUUUUCAUCAUUCAAAGAACUGAUUGGGGGUGGCCCAAUUUACCCAGGCUGGCUCUUCCUCCCUCCUGAAGGGGAGGGAUUGGCGCUAACCAGCGGGGGGGUUAGUCGGAUGAAGUUUUUCUUGCUUGUUUUCUUUAUGGGGGAAUUCUUUUGUGCUUUUUAGGAUGUAGGUUGUACGUUUCAACCAGGCAGUAGUCUGUAUUGAUUCGCCUACCUUUCUGGGUGCCUUCCUUGGUCAAUGGCACGAUGGCAUACUUUACAUGUAACGUGUUCAUGUGCCAUUGCUCCCUUCACCUCUCUGAGGGGACCAGGUCCUGGCUCAUGGUCCUCAAUAGGCAUACAAAGAACUCUGUGACUGAUGACAUUCAAGUAGUAAGGCACUUGAUUAGUAAGAUGGCUUCAGGGGUACUCCGGGGUACACCCAGAUACUAGCAUUUCAUGACAUUCAAUGCUGUUUUUUAUUGAGCUGCCUAGUUCAAUGCCAAAAUUUUUGGUACAUUUGUUUUUUCUAUCUCUGUACAGUAUGUGGAGAAUGCCUCAUUAUACAGUAUUUAUUUUAAACUUAAAAUAUGGCAAUGGUGAUCGAAACUGAUCUUAAUCCGUGAUAUUUAGCAGUCUAGUCCAAUGAAAGCUAUUGCUUUUAUGUAUUAACUUGUUUACAGAUGGAAUGGGUGAUUUGAACAUUCAUUCCUGAAUCUAGAACUUUAAUCGCCAGUUAGGGGGACAAAGCAAUAAAAAACUGCCCACCAUGUUCCCCCCCCCCCCCCCCUCCUCUCCUAAAAAAAACUUACUUGCACUAUAUCCACAUAACUUAUGUGUCCACAACCAUUUAAUACACUAUACAGUACUGUACUGUACUAUACUAUGUAUUAUCUUCAAAAAACUUGGUCCAAAUAUUUAUAUCUUGAUUAUAAUAUUCUGAAACUGACAUUCUUUCCUACUGUCCCCACGGGACACUUGGCCCUUGAAUGAAUGCUUGGUGAAUCCGAUACCAUCGAUGUUGCUCGCCUUUUGUCUUUUUCUUUUUUCUUGUAUUUGAAUCCUGGGUGAUAUUUAGCACCUUUUGAAUAUCCUGCAAUACAGAUGGUGCUACAUAGUCUUCCUGGCUUGGCAUCUUCUUUUAAUAGUUGCAAGCUUAAAGCUGAUAUUACUCAAUUAGUGAAUUCAUUAUAAAACCUGAAAUUCUUAUACAGCACUACCUAUUCUAAUUAUGCUACUGGAUUCAUUAUACAGGUGGUCCUGUGAUUUAGUGGUAUUGAAUUACACUUGUUCAGAGUUAAGUGGGUUUGCUCUUUUAUACCAAGUUUAAGAAUUAUGUAUGUGGAAAAUUGAUUAGUAAAUAUAAUGUCCACUAUUUCUCAGGUUAUCUGUGUUCUGUGGCAGUGGGUCAGGCUUCCACACGUACAUUUUACUCUCAUUCUCUGAACUCAUGCAGGUAUUCAUUAAAUUAAAUGUACAAUCUUUCCCCCACAUUCAUUAUAAUACAGUACAGUACAUAAACACAUUAUAGACAGCCCUUGAUUUAUGCAGAGAUUAUAUUUUUGUAAAAUCUAUGUAAUGUGAGACCUGCACAGCUGAAAUUUAAAGGUUUACGGUACUGUAUGAGGAAAAUAGUGUUAUAUUUGAGACCUCAAUGAACUGCCUUUUUCAAUUCAUGCUCAACAAAACACCUAUGGGACUUGAAACAUUAUAUAAAAUACUCCCUCUGCUUUCUAGCCAUAAUACAGUACAUGAUGAAGUCCACAGUGCUUGAAGGUGCAUUAAUCCAAAAAUAUAAUGCAACAUUUUGUUAAACAAAAAAAUGUUGUGUAGAGACUCAAUGAAAUGGAAACAAUGAAGUAAACCCACAGAUAACUUAAUAUAGUAUGUGCUUGACCUGUAUAACACAAUUCUGAACUUUGUAUGAAACUUAAAUAGUUCAUAACACUGAUUGGUGUUUUCCAAUAUUUUGCAAACCAGGGGCUGCCUGUGUUGUAUUUUAACUAAUUGAUUGUGUAGUACUCACUGAAGUCAUUAUAUUCCAGAUACUCAUUUCACUCAUUACACUUCCUGAACUCAUUGCAGUACACUGCUCUGUGUGCCAUAUCCUGAUAUAUGCCAUCUUCAGGAUUCCUCUCUUGAUUGGUAAUGAUUACAAUAUAUGUUAUCUUCAAAAUUUGAUGCAGCUAUGAUUGGAGAUCAAAUAUUUGACUAUCUGACAACUUCUCUUAAAAAAUUUAUGUCACGAUAGAACAUAACUGCAAACUUCACAUAAAGUUUUCUCGCCACUCUUGGCUAACCCAAUAAACAAAAUAUCACCUGACUUUAAAGGAUUACUGCAAACUAAUCAAUUAAAAUUUAUUUUUUAUUCGAAGCUUAACUACAAAAAUUGUGUUUUAAGUUUUAAAAUACAUAAGGUGAUGGAAGGAUCUGGAAAUGCAGAAUCUUGUUUAGCAUCAUCAUUGAAACUGUAAGCCAGUGUAGUAAGCUCUUUCUAGAAUAUUGAAAUAAUCAUGUACAGCAGCUGCAUACUCUUGUAUUCUGUUUGACUGCAACACCCAACAGCAAUAAUGUAUUUUAUAUUACUGUACUGUAUAAUCUUUCAUCUCUCCCAUAAUUAAAAAAGCUUUAUUGAUCAGAAAAUCUGGGAGCCAGGACCAUUUUAGUUCUCUACAAAGUCAACUUAUAUAUAUACUGUAUAUAAAAACAAAUACUGUAUAUUGCACCAACAGAUGAUGGUGCACAAGGCAUCAUACUGAUACACUUAUUAAUUGUUAGAAAUGCACUACUAUAUUUUUCUUGUUAAAUAUUUUAAGUGCUGGUUAUACAGUACAGUAUGUUAUUUUUGUAUUUAUCGUGGAUACAAAGGAACGGUGUCCACCAGAGCUUUAAUAAUUUUCUUGUUCACACAAGUUAAAGUUGAUAUUUAAGCUUUUACCGUCAUUCUAUUAUCUAUUACUGUAUUAUCUCAAUUUUAUGUAAUUGGAACAUGGUGGCAUUAGUAAGGCCUGUUAAUUUUUCUGAUACAUUUUCUUUUGAUAAUUACUUGGUCCCGAGUAUUUUGGAUUAAAGACAUCAUUUAUUAAGGAAUGUGUUUUCUCUUGUUGAAUGCUUCAACAAUACAAAAACAGCUGUUUAAAGUUAUUAAAAAUCAGAUCAAUAUUAUAAAAAUUAGUUAGGUUUUGUAUGUGUCACGCAGAGUGCAGGGGGGAGGGGGAAUACAGUUUGAACAUAGUUCAUAUAAUUACAUACAGUACUCAGUAUUUAAAUAAUUUGUCACAGCUAUUCCUGGAAUUAUUUGUGGAUUACAUUAAGCAAAAUUAUACAGAAAAUUUGUUUAACAGAAUGAGGGCAGGAAAAUUUGUGUGGGUUCCUUUUCUGGUCAUUACACAGUUGUAAUGACCACUAGGCCACUUCUUCAGUUUGAUAUACUGUACUUUUAAAUCUUAAACUGAUAUUUAUUUCUAUUAAUAUUCAAUGCAUUUUGGUAUUAUAAAGCAAUUUAUAAAUUGACCUCCAUAACAUUAGUCUUCAUUCAUAUACAAAACUAUUUUAGUUUCUUGCCUUUAUACCAUGUACAAUGAAGUCUUUAAUCCCCCUCCCCUCCACUGUCCUGAAAUGUCUUUUCUUUGAAAAUUUACACCAAUUCACAAGCUGCUGCUAUAUUUAUGGACAAGUUAAACUCUGCAGAUGCCCAUUAGCUUUAUUACUCUAUAUUUUGCAAUAGAACCUUAAGGUAUUGCUUUCUGCCAGGUAUGAAUAUUUUUACUAUGGGUUUUACAAGAUUUUAUGGGAGAUGAAAACAGUUACUUCUCGUGUAUCAGUUAUUGUUAUUUUAAGCUCUUUCAGUGCUCAUAUGACCCCAGAGGCUUUUUUCAAACGUGUCUCACCCUUGAUGAUAGAAAUCCAACAUGCCUUGUUGGAUGCCUUGUAUCUCAUUUUUAGUAGAUAUAAGGCAGUAGAGGUUUGCGGGGUUCUCAGCCAUAGUGGUGUUGUCAUCAAUCACCUUGUUGAGACCACUUUAAAGAAGUUGUUUGUUCCUGUCCCAUUUCCCAGAAGCAAGUUUCAUAGAUUUCUAUCCUGUCUUUCAUAGCAUGUUCUAAAUCCAUUGGAGAGAGAUGUGGUUAGCCAUUGUAAAGACUGUCACAAUAAUGUGGAUAGAAACAGUGCGUAUUGUAACUCAACCAACACAUGAAAUGUAAUUAAAGUGGUGACAUUUUGGUCCAUCUUGGACCCUUAGGAAGUCAAAAUGGAGCAGCAGCAUUAUUUCAUAUGUGGAUUGGGUUAUUUGGUUAGCGAUUACAAAUAAAAUACAUAGUAUACUAUCAAGUGUGACCUAAUAUCAUAUCCUUCCUCCUGUCACUGAGGCAGACUGUGGGAAACAUCUCUAGCUAGGUUACAUAUUUGUCACACAGGAUUUACUCUUGGACACUUACUGGAACAGUAACCUGUAUCCUACUUUCAUAACAACAGUCAUCUCCUUGUAGAAUGCCCUGGUUUUCAGGGUUAUCUUUUUGAGGUGAUUUCGAGGCUUAGCGUCCCCGUGGCCCGGUCCUCGACCAGGCCUCCCUUUUGUCACACAUCCCCAGGAAGCAGCCUGUAGCAGUUGUCUAUCUUCCAGGUACCUAUUUUACUGCUAGGUAACAGGGGCACCAGGGUGAAAGAAACUGCCCAUUUGUUUCCGUCUCCACCAGGGAUCGAACCUGGAACCUCAGAAAAAAAUGACUUGCACUUCGGAUUACGAAUUCGAAGCGCUGUCCACUCAGCUGUUAGGCCCCUAGCAGAAAGUGAUCAGAUAUUAUAAUUUCACGCUUCUUAAAAAUUAUAUGUUCCUCGAUAAAAUCUUCUGUGAAUCCGACUUCACUGACAAAGCUCAUCUUUUAUCAGUGUGCUCUUGUCUUGGCAUCCUGAGUGAUAUCUGAGUACCAUUAUACAUGUAUCACUAAUGCGAACAAGCCUGAACGGUCUCCAGGCAUAUAUGCAACUGAAUUAUAGUUAUGUAUCACUAAAUAACAUUUUCUUAAGACUGCUGUAAUAAUAUCUUAUCAGCAUUCAUGCACAGAAAUUGUAAUUUCUUAUAAAAUAAUAACUACAUUGAUAGAACUUUAUAAGGGAAGAUGUAUAGAUAUUUGUAUUAAAAUCCCCAGAAAGUAAUGAUCCAUUGUGAAUAAUAUUGCAAAGUCAAAAAAAUUUUAUUGCUUAAAUUCUUAGCACAAGAGGCACUUACUUUAAAUGCUGCCAUUAUUACAUACUGAACUGGGGAAAAUCUGAAUCCAUUGUCAUAAUUAUACAAAUACUGUUCUUAACACACUAUUAUUUUUGUAUCAUUGCAUUAUUUGGUAUUAAUGUGUUAAACUGUAUAUAUGUCAAUAAGUGCGAAGAGUUUGAAUUCUGUAGAGAGUAGUGACGAGUAUUCAAGACAUAAUUUUUUUGUUAAGUAUAUUGUACAGUAAUACAUAAGACAAUUGUUUUCUACCUCCUGCACCUAGCUCCAGUUGGUGUGAUAUAUUUUAUAUGUAAAGAUAAAAUUGGGUACAGUUUUCAGAGUGAUUACUGUGCUGGACUAGCAGUCCAAGGGUCUUGUAGCCAAACUGGUUUGUUGUGAAAAUCCAACUGGUUCACAUCGCCUAGAGAUGGUCUUUCUUUCUCAGUCGGCAAUCAUCAAUCCAGCACCAUGAAAGGGUUGAACUUUAAAUUCUUCUGUUCCCUCCAUUGUGAAGGAACUUGUCUAUGCUUGGAACCUGCUCCAAGAGAAGAGUAGUAGAGUUUGAUAGCACAUUAUAUAAUGUAUCAUACUUAAAAAAAAUUCAUUGCAUUGAUCUUUCACUUUUGUAUAGAACUUGCAAACAUGUAAUUGUAUUGUACUAUAUUUGUUUCUGAAAAAAAUAUGCACUUUCAUAUUAAAAGUUAUGUUUUUGGCUGAGUAAAAUUAAUAACAUUCUUAUGGAAACUGAAUUUCACAAUGCAUGGUUUCCCUAUCCAUAUGUCCAUAGUAUAUUUUCAGUAUGGGAAAAGAAAAAAUUGAUAUCUUGUAAGAUGAACCUUUUAGGCUUUAUUCACCAAGUCCUUGAACUUGGCCAUUUGCCAACAAUUUAAUCGUGCAGUUCAGUUCAAUACUCGCCAAAGUAUUUUAUUGGUAAGAGCAUAGUCUACAGUAAAUAAAAUAACAAAGCUAAAACUUUUUAUUGUGAAAACAUUUCGGAAAUGAGACAAUUGUACAUUUUGCACAUAGUUAUAAAUAGUUAUGGCUGUAAGACAAAACUGAAGUUGCUGACAUAAUGAUGUAAGUAAAAAGAUGUGUGCAGGAGUUUAAUGUUGUGAUACAUUAACCUUCUCUUAGUUUCAUGUACAGUGUAGUACAUAUUUUAAUUUUUCUAAUAUAGAAUAGCAUCAUUCCAUGACCUGAAGGGUGUAAACACAUAUUAUGUAUGUAUACAGUACAUAUGUAGUUUAAUUAAUUGUCGCUACAGAUAUUAUAAAAUGUUAAUUUGUUGAAUUUUUUGUUAAUUAUAUAAGUUAAACCUCUGGUGAUUAAAUUUACUAUACUGUACUUCAUGUAUUAAUGUUUUUUUUAUCAAAGCCAAUUAUAUCCAUUGCAAUUAUUCUACACUUCUGAAUAAAAAGUUUUUAACCAUGAGUAAUUUUUUUUUAUCUGCUAAUCAGUUGUUAGAAUUUUUUGUUUGACUAUAAAUGUAAUGAAGAGCACUUGCAUAUGUAUUAUAAUAAAUUGUUUAUUCUGAAGAA